AUGGCCACCCAUGACCCAGAGUACAUCUUCGUACUCGAUCAAGGAUCAAGGAAGUCACCUCCAGUGAUAGAUAAGCCUCACAAGGCCUUGGUCAUCGACCACCAUCACGCCCUCGAGGACGAUUUCCCACAGGGCUCUCAGCAUGUUACUGCCUGUAACAGCCCGCCAGUCGCGACCAGCUCGUUGCUGACCUACAUUAUCUGUCGAGACCUGCACGAAGAUGUGCAAAAGGAGUGCGACUGGCUCUGCAUCAUGGGAACACACGGCGACCUCGGAAACACCCUGAAGUGGGAGCCACCAUUCCCCGACAUGAAGGGCGCGUUCAAGCAGUACACCAAGAAAGCCAUCAACGAGGCCGUCUCGCUCGUCAACGCCCCUCGGCGCACGGCGGCGUUCGGCGUGCCCGCGGCGUGGGCUGCCCUGACCGCAGCCCAGUCGCCGUCAGACCUGCUCAGGAACAGGGAGCUGCUCGCAGCCCGCGCCGAGGUCAACGCCGAGGUCGAGCGGUGCACGCACACGGCGCCCAAGUUCAGCUCGGACGCCAAGGUCGCCGUGUUCAGGAUCAGCUCCAAGGCGCAGAUCCACCCGGUGAUCGCGACGAGGUGGGCCGGCCACCUGCAGUCGAACAAGCUGGAGGUGGUCAUGUGUGCGAACGAGGGGUACCUGCCGGGCAUGGUCAACUUCUCGUGUCGGAUCCCACGGACGGCCAGGGCGAGGGAUCCGCCCGUGAAUAUCAUUGAGGUGCUGAAGGGGAUCGCGGCCAGGGCGACGGAUGAGACGCUACGGGAGAGGAUGGGCGAGUCUUUUGCGAGGGGGCACAAAGAAGCUAGCGGUGGCAUUGUCCCGGCGAAGGAGUUUGAGGAGUUAAUGGAGAUCAUGGAGGUCGGGAAGAAGAAGCCUGAAGGGGGAACGCCGAAGAAAGCGGGAGAUGCUAAGCCGGGGAAUACCAUUACGAAUUACUUUGGGAAGAAGACAUAG